CCAAAUUAAUUUUGAAGUAGUGGUAACCAGGUGUUUGUGUGCUGAAUUCGCAUUCCUAUUGCUUUAAAUGUAGGUACAUAAAGAAACAAUAGAUGGCGUACCUAAUGCAAUACCAGGAAGAACGGACAUUGAACUGGAAAUUUAUGGCAUGGAAGGCAUACCGGAGAAAGAUAUGGAAGAAAGGAGAAGGGUACUGGAGCAGAAAACACAAGCUGAAAGUCAAAAAAAAAAACAGAACAAUGCGGAUGACUCUGACGAUUUUGACGAUGAUGAAGAAGCUGGGCCCUCUUUCCAGCAGCAGACUGUGCAGCCCCAGCAGAGCUACAUGCCUCAGAUGACCCAGCCAGGAAUGCCACCUGUACCGGGGGCACCAGGAAUGGCUCCCAGUAACUAUUCAGGCAUGCCACCCAUGAUGCCAGGAGUUCCGCAUAUGAUGCCCGGGAUGCCCCCAGUUAUGCCUGGCAUGCCACCUGGAAUGAUGCCAAUGGGUGGCAUGAUGCCUCCUGGUAUGCCCCCUAUGAUGCAUGGCAUGCAUCAUGGUGAGUAUUGCUUAAUGUUGGAUAACCAAUUAAAAUGUUGAUCCUUUUAAAUUGG